CAUUGUGCAACAUCGAAGCAGCUUCACCAGUACCACAAGCUGGGCUAUCUGACUGUACAAGUCAACCGCUGUCAUCGCUACAGGCCGUACUGAAUGCACACGCAAUAGUAUUGUCGCAGGGGUGCUAUCCCCAUUUUAUGAGUAUGAGUACAGAAGACUAUGACUACCUGUUUAAAAUCGUCCUGAUUGGAAAUGCAGGAGUUGGGAAGACUUGCCUUGUCAGACGGUUCACACAGGGCCUGUUCCCUCCGGGACAGGGGGCCACCAUCGGGGUGGACUUCAUGAUCAAGACGGUGGAGAUUAAAGGAGAGAAGGUCAAGCUUCAGAUCUGGGACACGGCGGGUCAGGAGCGCUUCCGGUCCAUAACGCAGAGCUACUACCGCAGUGCCAACGCACUCAUCCUCACCUACGACAUCACCUGCGAAGACUCUUUCCGCUGCCUUCCGGAAUGGUUGAGGGAGAUCGAGCAGUACGCCAACAACCAGGUUGUCACCAUCCUAGUCGGGAACAAGAUCGACCUGGCGGAUAAGCGCGAGGUGGGUCGUCAGCGGGCGCAGGAGUUUGCCGAGGCCCAGAGCAUGCUGUACCUGGAGACCUCGGCCAAGGAGUCGGACAACGUGGAGAAGCUCUUCCUGGACCUGGCGUGCGAGCUGAUCCGGGAGGCCAAGCAGAACACGCUGGACAACAACGACAGCUCACCCAUGCCGGGGGAGGGCAAGAGUAUCAACUAUCUAACCUGCUGCAGCAUUAACUGA